AUAAGAAGGGCUCCAGGAACUACUAACCAGUGAAGUAGAGGGGACAGAGAGAAUUCCACAGUUUCCUAACAUAACACACACAAAUAUAUCUUUUCUCAGUGCUCUCUUUCUGAAUUUCUGAGACAUGGAGGAAAAGAUUGUUUCUUCUGCAGCAAAUGCAUUAGACUACAAAGGAUUCCCAGCUGACAAGUCCAAAACUGGUGGCUGGAUACCUGCUUCUCUAAUCUUAGGAAUAGAAUUCUGUGAAAGGCUAUCUACAAUGGGAAUAGCUGUAAACCUUGUGACCUAUUUGAUUGGAACAAUGCAUCUCCCAAGUGCUACUUCUGCUAAUAUUGUAACAGAUUUUAUGGGAACCUCUUUUCUUCUGUGUUUGCUUGGGGGAUUUCUUGCAGACUCUUUUUUGGGCAGAUACAGAACAAUUGCAAUUUUUGCACUUGUCCAGACCAUUGGUACAGGCAUGUUAGCUAUAUCAACAAAGCUUCCACAGCUUCGUCCGCCUGUUUGCCAAGCAGAAUCGCCCACCCUGUGCAAACAAGCAACAGGAUCUCAAAUGUCAGUUCUAUAUGCAUCUCUAUUUCUUAUAGCAGUAGGAACUGGAGGCCUAAAAUCAAGUGUAUCAGGUUUUGGAACAGAUCAAUUUGACGAAAAUGACGAAAAGGAAAAGGCAAAAAUGAAUCUCUUUUUUGGGAGGUUUUUUUUCUUUGUUAGCCUGGGAACACUGAUGGCUGUUACAGUUCUUGUUUACAUUCAAGAUGAAUUAAGCCGGAGUUUGGGUUAUGGGAUUUGUUCUGUGUCCAUGUUUACAGCAAUUUUGAUAUUCCUGGCUGGAACAAGAAGAUACAGAUAUAAGAAAUGUGCAGGAAGUCCAGUAGUGCAUAUUUUACAGGUUAUAGUGGCUGCUGUUAGAAAGAGAGAUGUCCAUAUCCCAACAAAUGAGAAUUUGUUGUAUGAAACAGCUCCGGAGGGCUCAAGGAUUUGUCAGUCGGGUCAGUUCAGAUUCUUGGACAAGGCUGCAGUGAUCAUAAAAGAAGACCAUGCAACAAAUAAUAUUAUGUCUCCAAAUCCAUGGUGUAUUUCUUCUGUGACAAAGGUAGAGGAAGUGAAAAUGAUGAUCAGACUUUUACCAAUUUGGGCUACUACAAUUAUAUUUUGGACAACAUAUGCCCAGAUGAUUACAUUCUCUGUAGAACAAGCCUCUACAAUGAAAAGAAACAUCGGAAGUUUCCAAAUUCCGUCUGGUUCCUUAACUGUCUUCUUUGUAUCAGCCAUAUUAAUCAGUUUGGCAGUUUAUGACCGUCUGAUCAUUCCUAUAUGGAAAAAAUGGAAAGGAAAACAAGGUUUCACAAAUCUACAAAGAAUAGGCUUAGGUCUAUUCCUAUCAGCACUAGGCAUGGCAGUUGCAGCAAUUGCAGAGAAGAAGCGCUUGUCAGUGGUGACAAAAUUUGGUCGAAACACCCAAAAUCUACCCUUAAGUGCGUUCAUUUUGAUCCCACAGUUUAUCCUUGUGGGCUCUGGAGAAGCAUUUAUAUACACUGGACAGUUAGAUUUCUUCAUAACCCAAUCACCAAAAGGGAUGAAAACAAUAAGCACCGGCAUAUUUUUGACAACUCUUUCAUUUGGAUUCUUUCUCAGUAGCCUUUUGGUAUCCGUUGUUAAGAAAGUGACCACAUAUGGUGGAAGAAAUGGUUGGGUUGGGGACAGAAUUAAUAAUGGAAGACUGGAUUGUUUUUAUGGCCUCUUGGCCAUACUAAGUUUCAUCGAUUUUGGGAUUUAUCUUGUUUGUGCUGCAUGGUACAGAAAACAUACAGCAGAGAAGAAUUUACAGGCAGAAAUGGUUGCUAAUAAGGGUUCCCCUACUGAGAAGUGCUAAUCUACGUACAACGUUAUAUAGCAUCAAAGAAACCAAAACUGUUGCUAAUCACCGUUCCUCUGUCACUCUCGUUUUGUUUGGUGAAGUCAAUUUUAUAAUGUCUUGUAGCAUCAAAAAGAGAAACUGAACAUGAAUCUGUUUGUUUUUAAGUACAACAUACCAAACAUGAGAUAUCAUUUGGUCCUCUUUGUACAGUUGCAUGGUAUGGUUGACGGGAAUAAGAAUCUUUAUAAUUUUUAA